AUGAAUAACGAAAUAAGGCAAUAUAUUAGACCUAUUACAAGAAAACUUAAAAAGAAACCUCAAAAUAUAAUAGUAUGUUAAGAUGAUGAAGUUAAAUUUGACUUUGGAUACUUUGAUAAUGAUUCUGAUGAUAUUUAAACUUUAAUAGAAGAUUUCUAAGGAAAAUGCAUAUUAUUACCAAAUACUUCAGAAUCAGAUAGUAAUGAAGAAAAAUAAAAGAAGAAUAAGAUUGGUGAGAAUAAAUUUUCUGAUUUAAAUCAAGUUUCAUUAAUAGAACCUACUUCUAUUGAAAAUAAAUUAUAAAAAAUUUAGUAGAAUUUAGAUUAGGAUGACAAUUUAUCAAAUUUAGAGACAUAAUCAAAUUUAACUGAUGAUGAAAAUUUUGGCAGGAAUGAAUAUAAAUUGGGUUUAUAAGGUGAAAUCAAUUAUUUGGAAGGUUUACCUAUAAAUAAUAAGACUAGAUUUAAAAAAAAAAAAAAUUUAGUACAAUAAAAUAAAUAGAAAAUUAAUAAAAAAUUAUUGCUACAAAAAAUUUAGUCAAAAAAAAUUAUAAAAAGCAAUAAGAAAGAAUGA